GUUCAGUUGCACAGAGAAGGAGGCUGCAGCAAAAGAGCCAAGCUAUCACCCAGCUGAUCUUCACCUAUAUACUCAGCCUGGGAUAAACAAACCAGACACACAGAGCCUCGCUGGAUGUCACAAGGCUCACACAUACACAAAUUCUGCAAACACUGCACCAUAAUAGCCAACAACUUCACUCACUGGGAUAUUUUAUGGCUAUUGUAAAUAUUUAGCCACACGCACAUCUUGUGACAUACUCUAAACUGCAAGCAGCACACCUUCUAACUAACCUAGCACAACAACAACAACACAAUACAAUACAAAACAACACUGUGACACAGACUCUUACAGCACAUACACAGAGUGCCCAUAUCCCUGCUGGGCACCCCAAAUUCCCCAGGAACAUGCCUGAGCUCAUCAGUGUCAGUGAGUUUAUCUCAGAGACCCUGGAGGAUCACAGCUCCCCAACCACGUCCUCGUUUACAACCAAGAUGGUAAACUGCAGAAACACAGUGUGCACCAUAGAAGAGGCACUGGAUGCUGACCGUACUGUACUGAACAAAAUGAAGAAAUCUGCAAAAUCCAAACAUAGCGCCGGAGAAGAGCACAUUACACAUCUAGAGGUUUACAUUGCCACCCUGGAAAGAUUAUCUUUAAACUGCAGAGACAACGGCGAGGAAGCUCUGAGCAACGCCUUUAAUGCAUUUGCCGAGCUGUCCAAGGAGCUGUUGACACCCAUGAAAAACGUGCUGCAGAGUUUUAAUCACAACAUUAAUUACUUCCUAAAUGCGCUUGUAAAAGGAGAUUUGAAAGAAGUUAAAGGGGAUUUGAAGAAACCUUUUGAAAAAGCUUGGAAAGACUAUGAGAACAAAUUCACUAAAAUUGAGAAGGAGAAGAGGGAAUUGGCCAAGCAGUAUGGGAUGGUGAGAAAUGAAGUGGCAGGUGGCGAGAUUGCCGAGGAAAUGGAGAAGGAGCGCAGAAUGUUUCAGUUACAGAUGUGUGAGUAUCUAAUAAAAGUCAACGAGAUCAAAAGUAAGAAGGGAGCAGACUUGCUGCAGAACCUCAUCAAACAUUACACUUCCCAAUGCAAUUUUCUACAGGAAUGUUUAAAAGCCACUGAAAAACUGAAAUCCUACAUCGAGGGUCUGACAACAGAACUACAGAGUAUCAAGAGCCGGCAGGACGACGAGAAAAAGCAGUUAUGUUCUCUGCGAGAUAUACUUAAGAACACAUUGCAACUUGAACCCAAAGAGGAUUCAAUCAGCAGUAGGCAAAUGGUAUAUAGCAUGCAUCAGCUACAAGGAAACAUACAGUACGGCACAGAAAAACAUGGAUUCCUGUUCAAGAAAAGUGAUGGGCUUAGGAAGGUUUGGCAAAAACGGAAAUGCUCUGUCAAGAACUGUUACUUGACCAUUGCACAUGGAACGCCAAACCGUCAGCCAGCCAAGCUCAAUCUCCUGACAUGUCAAGUGAAGCCAAAUAUGGAAGAUAAGAAAUGCUUCGACCUCAUAUCCCAUAACCGCACAUACCACUUCUUGGCAGAGGACGAGCAAGACUGUAUUGCAUGGAUUUCUGUACUAACGAACAGUAAACAGGAAGCACUAAACAUGGCUUUUCAUGAAGCCCGUCCAAGUGAGGAGAACAGCAUCGAAGAUCUAACAAAGGCCAUUAUCGAAGACAUCACACGUAUGCCUGGAAAUUCAGUGUGUUGUGACUGCGGUGCUCCAGAUCCUAUGUGGUUAUCCAUAAAUCUGGGCAUCCUAACCUGCAUUGAAUGUUCUGGGGUUCACAGAGAACUAGGUGUGCAUCAUUCACGAAUCCAAUCUCUCUCCUUGGACAAACUUGGAACCUCAGAACUCUUGCUAGCCAAAAAUGUUGGUAACUCUGGAUUCAAUGAUAUAGUAGAGGCUAAUCUUCCAUCGCCAGCCAUCAAACCGACCACAGACAGUCCCAUGGCCACCAGGAAAGACUUUAUAAACUGCAAAUACGUGCACUGGAUGUACACAAAGAGAGGGAGCACUAACUCACACAUACGGCUGUGUGACCUUCAGGACGCAGUUCGGUUUAAGGACAUAUAUGCUCUGGUUCAAGCCUAUGCAGAAAAGGUGGACUUAACGGAACCCAUACCCCAACCAGCACAGGAGCUCGGAGAGACUAUCCUACACCUGGCAGUGUUGUUAUCAGAUCGAACGUCACUCCAUAUUGUGGAUUUCCUGGUACACAACAGUGGAAACCUGGUGAUACAGACCAUAAAGGGUAACACGCCACUCCAUUACUGUUCUAUGUACAACAAAACAGAAAGCAUGAAACUCUUCUUGAGAGCCAAAGUCAACCUAAAGAUAAAAAAUGAACUUGGUGAAACUGCUUUGGAUAUAGCAAAAAAUUCCAAGCAUUCCCUCUGUGAAGAACUGUUAAUCCAGGCUCAAAAUAAUCAAUUUAAUAUGCGUGUUCAUGUGGAAUAUGAAUGGCUACUGCGACAGGAGGACAUGUAUGAGAGUGAUGAUGAUCUUGAUGAAAAGCUUGGUCCCAUUAAGAAGGAACGACAGUUCCGUCCGUAUAGCUGUUUCCAGUCUCCAGGCACUCCGUUCUCAGAAAGGGGGCCCCCCACAUCAUUUUUAAGACGUGCGUCCCAGGUGUCUCAGGACCAACGGUAUGAUGCUUGUGUGACACCAUCCUGUGUUGAAACAAAUACUUUGACUCCGACCUCUGCAUUUACACCUCCUCUACCACCUCGCAACCCUAUCAGAGUGCCAAGUGUUCCACCACCACCACCACCGCCCCCUGCAAGUCCUUCACCUCCCCAAAGGAAGCUGACGCCUACAUCACCUCUGACUACCAAGCACAAGAGGGCGCUUUCAGAGCCUGGACCAGUCAUUCCACACAGCCCGUCCAGUCAAGCCAGCCAGCAUUUUGAUUACGGGUCAUGCUGCACAUCCCCAUCCAAAUUUCUCCAGUCAGAAGUUGUUUCCAGAAGACCAAGCAUUGGUUCUCCAAAGCUCAGCAGUCUUCAUGAAGUCCCAGAAACGCCACAUAAAGUUGAUUAUAGAACAGAUGGAAAUUCAAUGCCAGGAAACCAAAGAUCUGCCCAGAGUAACACCAGUUCCCCUUGCUCAUCACAACAUGAGCUAUAUAAUAUCCCAGUUACCAGUCUGGAGCCUCCGUUACCAAUGCCUCGGAGAAUGAGUCUGAGCAAGCCAAAGGUUCGACGAGUGAAGGCGUUGUUUGACUGCACAGCUGAUCGGGAAGAUGAGUUAACAUUUAGUAUAGGAGAAAUAAUCGUGAUCACAGAGGAGGAGGACCAGAAUUGGUGGAAUGGCUACAUUGAAGGACAACUUCAUAGGAGAGGAGUUUUUCCAGCAUCCUUCGUACAUAUAAUGACUGAUUAAGGAAGAAUGUGGAAUAGACUGAAUAUGAACUCGUAUGCAAAAAUGAUACUUUGCAUAUAAUUUCUGAUUCAAGAUUCUUCCUGGCUGUAUAUAGUUAAUGAGCCAGAACAACCUACUGAAGCUGAAGUUAUGGCAGAAAAUAUAUAUAUAUACAGAGAAAGCAACAACAAUCAUCACUGGAGAUAUAAUAUAGUAUUUACCAGAGGUUAAUCCAUAUCAUUGUGUAAGAAUUGGCGACUAGAAGUUGAUAAAGUCACAGACAUGUUUUCUUGGUUUUUAUAAACAGAGAAGAUUGAAUAGAAAGGUUUGAUUCAUAACAGUUUUUCCAUAUACGUGACCUUACCCUUUAAAACAAGGCUCUCCGUGCUAUAGGCACUAUUAUACAUGCGAUUUUAUAUACGGGCUGUGCUUUGUAUUUAGCUUAAUAUGUUUGCAAAUUUCACUCUGUUUUGUCUGGCAUAUAUAAAGGGGGAAAAACAUUUAAUUAAAGACCUGCAUUUCCCAUUUGCCAGUGGAGGUUCAUAGAAUAACACAUUAUACAGAGUCUUUUCUUUUUAAUUUGUUACCUCAUUGCGUUACCGCCACUAAGUUUACUUUCUUGCUUUGCAACCACAGUGCAACAUCACAAGCGAAUAUAUCCGCGUACUGCUCUGUGUGAUUGGGUAAUGCAUAAAAAGUGUUUUUAUUGAAAUUGUGAGCAGCAAAGAAUUAAUAUUGAAUAUAAGAAGGACUGCAUUUGAUAAAGCAAGAGCCUAGUGUUAAACUACUAAGACAUUAUUAACCAGUGUCAUAUGUAAAAGCACAGAAAAACCUCAAUACUUAUUUCAUUGAAGCAAGUGUUUGUAUGUGUGUUGUAGCUUACAACGUUUUAAGUCCCAGUCCAUUAUAGAACUAUACGUGACAGAGAAUUCUGGGAAGUAUAGUUUAUCAGCUGCUGGAAGCCAAGUUUGGUUGUGUGCUAUAAAGCGAGCAAUCGCUUAUGAAUAUGAUUUACCAUAAUUUCUUUAUAGUAUUUCUCCUUAGAAAUUUUAAUUCUAAAAUUUUCAUUUUUCGGAAACAUGCAAUAGAGAUUUAUUAUACUUAAAUGUGUGUGGUGGCGCGAAUACAGCACUGUACACUGUCCAUUUAACACACUGGCUGUAUAUAUACUUCUGAUGUCACUUUAAACUAGAUUAUCCGUUCCAUCUAUAACUAGUUUAUGCAAUUAAAACAAAAGCCAUGUUGUAUGAGAAGUAUCCUUUAAUAGCUAUAAAAGUAUAAAUGAUCAGUUGACCUUAAGUAGUAGGGCAGUUAAAAGGACAACAUUUCUUUUGUAGAAUUUAUGUUCCUUAUGUAUUCAGAGAGGUGCUGUAUAUCUAU